AGGUGACAGGGAGCUGCCCCCUCUCAAGAGCCGGUGAUUGGGGGUCUGAGAAGUCACCACCAAGAAGUUGUUCGGCUUCGGGAGCCGCAGGGGCCAGAUGGUCCUGGACUCCAUAGACCACGUCUACAUGGGUUCCGGGUACCGAAUCCGGGACUCCGAACUGCAGAAGAUCCACAAGGUGGCUGUCAAGGGCGACGCCACGGAGGUGGAGCGCUGUCUGGCGCGCAGGAGCAGAGACCUGGACGCCCUGGACAAGCAGCACAGAAAUCCCAAGUUGACGGUCAAGUCCAACGCUCGCCGCAGACAUCUAGUGGACCCGGCGCUCACGGACGGAAGUGGACAGACCCAGCUGGAUCUUUAUCACACCAAGCUGGCCCACCUUUGCUGCCAUCUAACUCCGCUGACCAGCCCACCGUUCCUCCACUGUCCGCUGGUUGACCCGGGCAGCGGAGAGAGGAGAAGCCUUCUGUUGGUGCCGCCUGCCGUGGGACAGAAGAGAAGCACCUGUGAGCAAGAGCCAUACACUCAAUAUACCACUGUUGACUCCUAAGUGCCCGGACUUUAAUCGGGAGAAGUAGUUUUAGAA